AAGUAGAGCUUUCCUCCUGUUCCCUCUGAAGCGUUCACAGGCAGCUAACGACAUCCCCGCGCUCCGCUGUCACUUGGGCGCGUCCGGGUGAGGCCACGCCCCCUCGGGUCCACGUGGUCGGCCGCGGGCCUGGGCGGCGCUGUUUGCCGCGUGUGUCUCGCGCACGUCCGGGGAUGGCGGGGACCCCGGCCGUGGGGGCCGCUCGGUUCUCUUGUCCCCCCAACUUCAUCGCGACGACCCCAGCCUCAGAUCCCCCGCAUUUCUCCUUGGAGACGCUGACCGGCCCAGACACGGAGCUGUGGCUUAUCCAGACCCCGGCAGACUUUGUUCCAAACAGCCUCGAUGGACGGCGAGUGCCUCUCUCUGGAUCUCGGAUUGUGAAGGGCAAGCUGGGGGGCCAGCGGCACCGCUAUCACAUCCUCAGCAGCAGUGGGUCCUGCGCUGGAGCCGCCACCCUGCUUGCUCCCUCCACAGCGACAGGAGGUGAACUCACCUGUGCCCCUGUCCUCCAUGGCAGCCUCAAGAUCAUGGAGAGCCCCCAAGAAUCCCUGCCUGGAACCCCUCUGCAACCUAUUCUCGCCAGCCCUCCACCACAAAUCCCCCCUGGCCUGAGACCUAGGUUCUGUGCCUUUGGAGGUAACCCCCCAGUCACUGGGCCUGGUUCAGCUUUGACACCCAAGUCACCUACUUCCAAGAAGAAGAGGAGGCAGGCCGCAGAGGCUGCUGCCACUCCAGAGGCUGUGAAUGGCCACGGGACUCUGGAGGUGGACACAGCUGGGUCAGCCCUAGAAACAGAUGUAGGGAGGAAGAAGAAGAAAAGGAAAAAGCAACAUACAGACAUGAUAGAGCCUGCAGUGGAGGUGCUGGAGCCAGAGGUGGAGGUAACUGGACUGCUUGGGGGGCUGGGCCCAGGUACCCCCAAGAAGUGGGCCCCGGAGGCAGAAAUGGCAAAGCCAGAAGAAAAGCCAUCAGACUUGAAAUGUGUGCUUAAAACUGAGCCUCCCGAAGAGACAGCCCUGCCCCCCACCAAGAAGAGAAAGAGGCCCAAAGGGGCCCGCGGCAUGGAGCUGGCAGUGGAGGGGGCAGCAGCUAUGGUCGAUUCUCAGCCACAGGUGGAAGUGGAAGCACAGGAGGAAGCCAUCUCACCUCCCCCAAGGAAAAAGAUAAAGAAAGAAAAGAGGCAGCCUGCCACCAUGGAGCCAGAGACUGAGGGGACUGAGCCACAGGGAGCGCCUUUGGGGCUCUCUGAAUACCCAGAAGUGGAACCCAAGACUGGGACAAUUCUGGUACCACCCAAGAAAAAAAAGAAGAAAGAAAAACUGCAAAAUGUGACAGUGGAGGCCAGUGACCCUGAGCCCCAGGCAACGGUAGCCUCCCCCAAGAAGAAGAAGAAGAAGAAGAAGGACAGAGGGCACACAGACACAGACAGGACCGACAUCACUGGAGAGCAUGGGGCUUGAGGCAGGCCAGGAUCUACCGAGAAGGGAAAUGAAGAAUGGGCUUCAGAUACAGCACCCCAGGAGACCCAAGAGGAAGAAGCCACAGCAGGGUUCUGUGGAGGACCCAGCCAGCAAGGCUACACAGCAGACCCAGCAGGAACCUGCACCUGGGAAAUGCUUUAUUAUGACAGUCAUGGGGGUACUUUCAGGAAGGGCUCAUGUAGAACGUCAAAGAGCCUCCGGGCCUGGAGCAGGGAGAGAAAUGAAUAACCCAUCAUUAAAGAAGCCAUUUGUUCACU